CGGUUCGUUUCGCUGCGGUUGCUCGCUCGUUCGCUCAGAAUAUAACUGUAACCGCAAAAGAAGUAAAGCCAACGAGUGCGAUUGCGAGUAUUAUCGUUGUUGUUGUUCUUGUUCACGUUGUUGUGUGGCUCUCUCGCACAGCUUCUCGCUGGCGUCGCAGCCGCUGUCGACGUCGACGCUCAACUUGAUUUCUUCCAAUCUUGGCUGGGAAAUCCGAUUCGCAACAAUUUUGGAAUAGACGUCUAAUUUGCGUGUGUGUUGCGAUAAGAGCAAGUACACCCCACCCCGCCACACCACCCACACUCACACCCAUCCACCCACCCUGUCGUUGUGUGAAGCGCAACUCGCUGCUGUCGCUGUCGCUGGCACUGCCACUACCGCUGCCGCCGCCGCCGCCGCCGUCGCUGUUCUGUUCUGUUGUAGUUUCAAUCAGCCGCCAGAUUCAACUCUCAGUCUCUCAGCCUCAGCUAGCGCCGGCGUCAACUCAGCUGCGUUCCAUGGCUUCCACUCAGCGUUGAGCAGCUCCCACGACCAGCGACCGGCCGUGAUUAACUUUUACUGUUCUCAGUCAGUCCGCUCGAUGACGCCGAACACAACAGUAGCUACCCAGCAGCCCAGCAGCAGCAGCAGAAGCAGCUUGUAUGGCGCGAGUGCCGUCUAACAGAAUACCAAAAAUAAAAUAAAAAUAAAUAAAUCUGUUCCGGUUUAGCGUUGUUACCGUUUUCCUAGUCGCGCGUGCAAAUCACAAUUCCGUAAACGAUUCCCAUACUCCCUUCCCGUGGCUGCCGAUGCCGCCGUCGCGUGUGCAAAUUGAAAGAUUUUAAAACGUUACCAAAUCAAAAUUGAAAUAUUCAAAAAUUGCCAAAACCAAAAAAGAAACAAGAAAUCAAAGAAAAACUCAUCUCAUGAACGUUGGCAAGAUGCAAGCGCCUGGCCAGCACCAGCAUCCGCAUCAUUUGCUGCAUCAGGCUGCAUCCGCUGCGCCGCCACCGACGCAACAGCAUCAUCUGCCCAUCGAUUAUAGUUUGGGCAACUUUAAGCCCGCCAUUGCUGCCGAUUUUCCCGGCGGCCCCUUUGUCGCCAGCCCCCAGCAGCAGCAGUCAUCCUCAGCCUCCUCCACGUCGCCGCCCUCGAUUGUCACGUCAAGCGCUUCGCUGCAGGUGCGAGAUCUCAGCGCGUUGACCACAAUGGCAGCGAUACCCUCGCCCACACAGCUGCUCCAUCAGCGCAUGCAACAGGCCCAAAUCACUGUGGAUGCCCAUCAGCAGCAGCAACACCAACAGCAGCAGCAGCAGCAGCACCACCACCACCACCAACAUCAGCAGCAUCAACAAAUGCCGCCGGCGGCAACAUCGCCCCACGAUUACGCGCCCAUGUCCGCCUUCAAGGCGGUGCUACCCAAAAAGCGAACUUCCGACGAUGCGUCGCACCCCUUUAGCAUAAGCAGAUUGGUCAAGACUGAACACCUGACGGCAAUUGUGGCCGCUGCUGGCCUGAAGCCGCCGCCGCCUCUGCCUCUGCCGGCGCACAGCGUCGCCUUGGCGGAGGACAACAACAACUCCAUCUCGAUGCUGAGCAAGAACCAACAGCAACAGCACGAACCACACAAUAUUCAGCGUCCCAAGCUGUUGCCUUAUUUAAGCGCCAGCGAGCAACUUCGUCAAUCGCGCUCCCGAUCGAGAUCGCGUUCGCGCAGCGCCUCGCACUGCUCCUCGCAGAUCGACAUGGACGAUGCGGAUAGCAGUCAUGAGCGGUACUCACGGCAUUCGCAACGCUCGCUGCACUCGAGAUCCCGUUCCCGCUCCAGAUCACGAUCGCACUCGAGCAGCUCCUCUGUGGAGCUGGAGGUGGACUCGCCACCCGGUAGUCCCAGCAUCAGUUCACCCAGUGCCGCCUCUGUUUCCGCAUCCGAGCUGCUUAUCACGGCCAACAGCAACAUCAGCGCCAAGAAAUCGGAUCUCUUCUCCGUCUCCGCGCUCCUGCGUCGCGAUGAACCCACAACACGUCGCGUCCGUAGUCCACCGCUUGGCCUCGCCGGCGCCUCGACUGCUGCGCUGUCAGCGCUGCCCACCAAUCCGCUGGAAGUCAUGCGCCAGAGCUACCCGCCCAACUACGAUGCUGCCAUGUUUCAGCGCCCCAUCUUCUCACCAGCGCUGCCCUUCUUUGCCGCCAUUGCCUUCCACCAGGGUCAGCAGCAGCAACAGCAACAGCAAUCCGGACUAGUCACUAGUUACCAUCCGGACUCACAGGAAAAUCUCUUCCGGCUGCGCAGCCUAAUGGUGCCACUGCAAUCUGCUGGCCAGAAUGGCUCCACAGCGGCAGCGGCGGCGGCGGCGGCGGCAGCAGCAGCGGCUGUUGGUGUGGGCGUGCCACCCGGUGGCGGACAUUUGGGUCUGCCACAUCCGCCGCAUCUGCACUUUCAUCACAUGGCGGCCAAGUGGCCGGGCCUGCAUCAAUUUAGCGACCUGUACUCGUGCAUGAAGUGCGAGAAAAUGUUCUCCACGCCCCAUGGACUCGAGGUGCACUCGCGCCGCACCCACCACGGCAAGAAGCCCUACGCCUGUGAGCUAUGCAACAAGACCUUCGGCCACGAGGUCAGCCUCAGCCAGCACAGGGCGGUGCACAAUGUGGAAAAGGUCUUUGAGUGCAAACAGUGCGGCAAACGCUUCAAGCGCUCCAGCACCCUCUCCACCCAUCUGCUCAUCCACAGCGACACGAGGCCUUAUCCCUGCAGCUACUGCGGCAAGCGAUUCCAUCAAAAGAGUGAUAUGAAGAAGCACACCUACAUUCACACCGGUGAGAAACCGCACAAGUGCCAGGUGUGUGGAAAGGCUUUUAGCCAGAGCUCCAACCUGAUAACGCAUUCACGCAAGCAUACCGGCUACAAGCCAUUCUCCUGCAAGCUGUGCCACAAGUCCUUCCAGCGCAAGGUGGAUCUGCGACGUCACAAGGAGACACAGCACACAGAUCUGCGCGUCCAUCUCGGCAAGGUGGACUUCAUGUCUGCCGCAGCGGCAGCCGCAGCCGUUGCCGAACUGAAUGGAGCUCCGGGUGCUGGCAUGAGUAUGUCAGCUGGUGGUGCAGCACCACAAACCGGUACAGGAGCGCCCGUAAGUGCCACCACGCCGGUCAACUCGAUGAAUUGCCAAAAGGUAUCACUGCUGGCAUAACAUCAGCAGCCAGUAUCAGUUCCAGUCGCAGUUGCAGUUGCAGUACCGCCUACCCCCCCAUUCCCAUUCACUCGGAACAAUUGUGCAAUAGCUGCCGAGUUAAAUGUUCGGCAUGCAUUUCCACACGUUGAAAAUAGAUGUUAAUGAAAUUUGAAUAGUUUAAGCCGACAAAAAAGCAAAAAACCAAAC